AUGACGGACAACUCAGUGUCUCUACCACCUACACAGAAAGAAUGCUGUCUACCGGCCGAGAUCGUAUCCUACAUCAUCGAACUGGUUGCGGAGGAUGCUCGUGGCGAGGGCGAGAAGCUCGCUGGCGCAAACUCUCUGUUGGCACGGCGGGCUUCCUUGCAAUGGCUCCGUUGCACGCACACUUGUCGACAGUGGAGGUCGGCAGCCAUCCAGCACGCCGCUCUCUGGAACAGCAUCCCUGCGGUUCCUAGGCCUUUGUGGACGCUGUACGCAGACCGGGCGCGUCGCCUGCCUCUUAUCAUCAGAGAGCUACCCAACGAUGCCGAUCAAUGGAACCGCGAUGAAUUAACGCGCCGCUUGUCUCGUGCUCGGACAUUCGCGUAUCGCGGUUCCCCCGCUGCACUGAGGCGCAUGGUCGCUAUAUUGGCUAAUUGUUUUGAGCCUAUUCUACAAGACCUAUCUCUUGAAAUAGAUGGAUUGACUAUUUCAAACCUCGUUCUACCAUCGGAAAUCCUACGCAGUGCUGCUUCAACCUUCGAACAUCUUCGUCUCCGUAACAUCGCUUUCAUAUGGCCCGAUAUACCCACCAGUCUCCGCACUCUGGAACUUUCUGGCCCGCUCGAUGACCCUGUCGAAGACAUUAUGGGCGGCUUACGCGCCACGCAGAACUAG